AGUAGCAAGUACGUCAGCAACGAUUUCCGCUUCAUUUUGUGUUGUACCGAGUGUACGAUUUGCGGGGACUCGACAAUUUCAGCUGGAUGGAAAGGGGAAAAUGAACAAAUUUAGUGAUAUUUUAAAAAUAUGUAGACUGUGCUUAGUGGAGGAAAAAGUUAAUCACGCAAUAUUUGAAGAGUCUGGCGAUUUGAGGAGUAUAUUCCUCAAAAUAUCUUCCUGUCUGCCUGUCUCGGUUAACAAAGAUGACGGUCUACCUGAAAAAAUUUGUGACACUUGCUCAACUAAAUUGGAUUCUUUCUAUCAGUUUUGGAAUGAAACUGCAAAUGCUGAAAAACAGUUACUUCACUGGUUGAGCGUAAACAAAUCAUUAAAGCAGAAUCAAAUAGCAGAUACAAGCAAAAGAAUGGAAACCCCUGAAGUUAAACAAGAAGAAGUUGAUCCUAUCGAUAUGUCUUCAGAUGCUCAGACAUAUAUUCUGCAACAACAGCAGUUGCCUUACGCUGCAGCUGCCACAGACUCGGUCAAUACAUCAGAAUCAGAAGAGCCAAUAUCUAAGAGGCCCAGAAGGGCUUCUGCAGUAAAAGCACUAGAACAAAUGGAAUCUGAAGAUGAAGAUGACCCUGACAAUUACGCAAAAUCUGAAACGGACGAGUCUGAAAAAGACGAAGAAGAAGAAGAAACUAACUACCAAGAAAAUCCUUCUACAACUUCGGUGGAAGAUCAGCCAGGUCCAUCGGGUUUAGCUUCGAAAAAAAUGGUUUUGGAUGACACACCAUCGCAAGAUCGGACGAAAAGCGUCGAUGAAGAGAUAGAAAUAUCGAAAUAUAUAAAAGAAGAGAUCAAAUCGGAUGAGGAACAAGAAAUGGCAGAGGUCAAAGUUGAGUACGACGAUAAUAUUACGUGCCAAGUGUCCGACGUAAAUUCCGAUGAUAGCGAUUAUAAGCCUACGGGCAAAUCGAAAAAACCAAAGAAGAAGGACAAGGGGAGCCUGUUGAAGAAGGAAUUGUCGAAGAAGUGCGACGAUGGAAUCAGGGAUGCUGUGAAUCCUGUCCACUGCGACAUUUGCGACGUGACGUAUAAAAACAGCAUUAUGUUCGCUUUCCAUUCCAUACAGCACAAUGACGACAAAAAAUAUUCCUGUCAUCUGUGCGGAUUUCGCAGCUUGUCGAAGUACCACACAGAAAUGCACAUCAGAGCCCACGAGGGUACCAGCAAGUACAAAUGUGAGAUCUGCAACAAGGCUUUCACCGUCAGCACUCAUGCUGUCGAACAUAAAUAUUUCCAUACAGGAGAGAAACCAUUCCAAUGCGAGAUCUGUGGAAAGCACUUCAUGUUCUCCUGGUUCUUGACCUCGCAUAGGCGGUCUCAGCAUUGGGAAAUAAUGACAGGCAUGCCGUUGGUCAAGUACGAUUGUCAGAUCUGCAGCAAACACUACACGUCAGCUUCGGGUCUGAAACGUCAUCAGAGGGCAAAGCACGAGCUGCCUGGUCCUCAGGUUUCCGUCCUUUGCGAUAUCUGUGGCAAGAGCCUGUCCAGCAAGGAGAAGCUCAAGUUCCACCGGAGGAUCCAUACAGGCUUCAAGCCCUAUGGAUGCGAGAUCUGCUCGAAAAACUUCUCGAGGAAGGAGCAGUUAAAGGAGCAUGAGAGAGUCCAUACUGGGGAGAAACCUUAUAUCUGUGGUUACUGCGGAAAGGGCUUUUCUCAAAGGUCUCCUCUCCGUAUUCACGAGAGAACACAUACUGGUGAAAGGCCUUAUGUUUGCAGAUUGUGUGGCAGAGGCUUCAUUUCCAAAGGUGUGAUGGACAGCCACAUGAAAAACUGUCAAGUGGUGAUUAUGGUUAUUACUUCACAUAAAACUAAACCAUGCCAUGUUGUAUUGAACAAUAUACAACAUCUUUUGGACAAAGAUGGCACUUAUAUAGUACCUGGCAGAAGCAGAAGAAAUCUCACAUGCUACAGAUGUUUCAAAAAAUUCGAUUCAGCUGAAUCUUUGGAAGUGCACAAGGCAGAACACGAACCAGAGAGCGAAGAAGAAUAUGUGAUUAGUGACAGCGAAAUAGAGAUCGAAAGUGAAUCGGAUGAAGAAACACAAAUUCCUAAUGACCCAGUGGCGCAGAUAAAUUCAAAGUCUCCCUUGGGUAAAACUGUUGACCUUCUUGAUUCUCCGAAAACGAAUAUAGUUCUUGAGCCGGUAGUCAUCGAAUAUGUUCCAAGACCAGCGGAACCCAUUGUGCAGAAGCAAGUUCAAGUUGUAGAACCCAUCAGGGCUCCAGCCAACUCAAUUUCGAACGAAUCAUCUAAGUCAGAAAGUGGGGAGACCAAAAAAGUUCCUGUAUUAUGUAAUAUACAGAUACGUUGCUUAACAUGUGAUAUUCUUUUCACCAACAGUGAUCUUCUGAUGAAGCAUGAACCCUUGACUCCGGAAAAACCUUGCUGCUUUACGUGUAAAGUAUGUUCUCAGAGCUACGAUCAACCGCAAGAUUAUCUGACACAUAUUAUGCAGCACAACACCUUUUCAACGUCCCGCUAUGGAUAUAGAUCAAAUAGGAAAAAGCCGGAAUUUCGGUGUACCUAUUGUCGCCAAGAAUUCGAGCAUCGUUUCCUGCUAAUGCAACAUGAAAGGACCCAUCAUACCACAGAUGCAUCAAAGGCUUCUGCCCUAGAAUUGUCGGCCCAAACUCAACCGAAGAUAUCCACACCAACCACGCCAAAAUUAGAUACAGCUAAACCAGAUGUUCAACCUGCGGGGAAAUCGGAGGAGUCUAGUGUAGAGUCGAGUACACCAAAACCUAAGAUUUGGGUUAUCAAAGAGGCCUUAAUGAAAUCUCCCGAACCGCCAGCAUGUACAGUACAAAAAACUGUAGUUGCAACUAUUGAUCCUACGGGAGUGAAAAGAAAACUCGACGAAAGUGAAUUGAUACACGAUAUGUUGAAACCAGGGAAAAAAGGAAGGCCUUGCAACUCGGUGUCAAAUCAAGCCUCUCCACUUAUCAUCGUAGCUCCAACAGAAGCAUUGGAAACGACGUCUAGUUUAACAUGCGAUAUUUGCUUUGAUGUCUUCCGAAAUAAGGUUGCUUAUGAUGAACAUAUGGUGUUCCAUAACACAAAAAAAACAACCCAAGAAUCUCCUUCUCCUAUACUGGAAGUUGUGGAUUCCACCAACGUUCAUCCUUGUUCUGUUUGCAAUCUACAUUUCAAGAGUGCUGCCGGCUUAAAGAGGCACCAAUCCUUCAAAAUAACUAACACUAGUCAUUCCAGGUAUCUUCCCGAUGUCCUCAUACCAAUAGUUCAAUUGAAGGAGGAGAAAGAGGAAGAUGUGUCAAAGAGGAAAUAUACCAAAGACGACAGUUCAUCCGAUACACCCUUAAAAACUGGCAAAAUUCGGGUGAAAGCUGAAUUCCGGAUGCAAGAUUUAGACGACGAUGACGAAAAAUUCGACUGUCCAAUUUGUAAAAACGACCUGAAAAGGAGUCUCAAAGAAAUGAAGGCUCACUACAAGGCUGACCACAAGGGAAAAAGACUCCGCACUGGCAUACUUACUAACGAGUCUCACCCAUGCGAGAUAUGUGGAAGAGAACUGAAGCACAAAAGUGCCCUCAAAGAACAUAUAGAAACCCACAACAACAGUUACAGCUGCGAACAAUGCGGCAUCAACCACAAGAAACCCGCUGAUCACGUCAUUCAUAUGAGGUCUCACUCGGAAGAGGGCAUCUUCAGCUGCAUCUUCUGCGACUACAACACCACGGAACUUCUUGAGAUCCAGAAACACAUGAGUGGAGACCACGAGCAAACACAGAAGUAUCACUGUAAGAUCUGUAACAAGGGCUUUCAGAUAUUCAGUUGGUUCAUCGAGCAUGAGAAUUAUCACACUGGCUUGAAGCCUUUUAGUUGCGAAUUCUGCGGUAAAUGCUUCUUGUAUUCGAGGUAUCUGUCGGCGCAUCGUAGCAGUAUGCACAAGGAAGAACUUACAGGUGUGCCGAACAUCCACGAAUGUGUGAUCUGCAAGAAACAGUACCAACACAAGAACAGCCUAAAUCUUCACAUGAACAUUCACACGGGUAAUGUGGCUAUCUGUGAUAUUUGCGGGAAAAUCUUGUCCAGUAAGGAGAAGUUGAAAUUCCACCAGCGGACCCAUACCGGUUACAAACCUUUCAGUUGCUCGUAUUGUGGGAAAUGCUUCACUAAGAAACCCAUACUGGUGGAACACGUGAGGAUUCAUACGGGUGAAAGACCCUAUGUGUGCGAGUAUUGUAACAAGUGUUUCUCGCAAAGAUCCAGUCUGGUCAUCCACAUCAGAUCCCAUACAGGGGAAAGACCCUACGUGUGUCAGUUCUGUCAGAAGGGUUUUGUUGCUAAGGCCAUGCUCAAUAUUCAUUUAAAAUCUUGUAAGGGUGUUCCAAUGAAUUGGUUUUACCAAUAUGCAAUGUACUUUUUGGACGAAGUCGGCGUUGAGGAAGAAAAAGUUGGAAUCAAAGAAGAAUCGGAAGAUUCAGAUACAACCGAAACAAUCUACAUUGUCAAUUCCGAAUACAAUUCGGACCUCGUAAUCAAAACCGAAGCAGACGAUUCGGAUUUUUUCAGUCAAAAAGGAAUUCGAAGGAAAUUGACCGAAAACGAUGAGUCUGAAAAAACUGGACUGUGUCACGUGUGCGGAAAAACUGUUUCUAGAAUGACUCCCCAUAUGAGAAGGCAUAAUAUGUCCUACAAAUGCAAGCAGUGUCCUAUGGGCUUCAGCAACAUGAAAGAGUUGAACAAGCACAUGAGGAACCAUGAACAUACCAUAUAUUGUUGCAUUAGCUGUUCUUCAUACUACAGCAACCCUUUGGACCUGUGCCGACACCAAGUUAAACACUUCAGCGAAUAUAGAUGCAUCUUCUGUGACUUCUCAACCGAACAUCUGUCUGUCAUUACGUUGCAUCUGAACAGACACGAAAAGCCCGUGGUCUACGAGUGCGACCAGUGCGGACGUGGUUUCAGCACAGAAUACUUGAUGAAAACGCAUCAGCAAAUCCAUACGGGCAUCAAAAGGUACCAGUGCGAUUUUUGUCCGAAGAAAUUUGCAACCGAGAACUACAAGAACUGUCACAUGAAGUACAAUCAUAGUGAGGAAUUGACGGGGGUAAAAAACAUUUAUAAAUGCCGGGUUUGCUAUCGGGAGUUUAGUUUCGAGAAAAGCUUAACCCGCCAUCUUAGUGUAAUCCAUAAUAUAGGUAUAAGCAGGAAAGUCGAAUGUCCCAUAUGUUCGAAAGUGAUUGCGAACUCUUUCAAUUUGAAAAUGCACAUGUCAAUACAUACGGGGGAGAAGCAACAUGUUUGUGAACUAUGCGGUAAAGCGUUCAGAGAUAGGGGUCAUUUGAAAAGACAUAAUAAAGUUCAUUUGAAGAGGGGCGAAGAGAUGUUACGUCUUCGAAGAAAAACCGUUGUGAAGGUUGAAAUCAAAUCUGAUGUAGAUGAUGAGUCAGAUUGGUUGAGCCCUACCAAGAAAACUCGACGAAAACCUAGAACGAACGUAACAUGGCCUUGCAAAAAAUGCUUGGAAGAAUUCAGCACGAGGAAGCUACUCCAAGCUCAUAAAAAGAUCCAUGUAAGGGAGGAAUCUCCUACGACACAAGCCUUGAAGAAUUAUAAGUUCGACAAGGACCUAGAAUUGUACAUUUGUAACUUGUGCUCGGCUGAGUAUCAAGAAGAAAACGAGAUAACGAAACAUAUUAGCAAUAACCACAUAGAGAAGUUCUCCUGUCAAGUCUGCUAUCAAGAAUUCACCGAACCUUAUAAGUUUUCAGUACAUUUGCAGAAACACAGUGGCGGGGAUUUCUUCUGUCCCUUAUGCACUUAUCACACCCCUCGAAUGACGUGUAUUCAAUCACAUAUAAAUCGGAUGCAUCUUCAAAAGUUCAUUUACACCUGCAAGACUUGUGGUAAAGGUUUCAACGACCAGGCCAUAUUCAGGGAACAUGAUAACGAACACCUUGGUAUCAAACCAUUCACCUGCGUAGUCUGUAAUAAGAGUUAUGUGUUCUCAAAGUAUCUCUUCGCACACCAAGUGAGAUACCAUGUUGUCAACAUCGAGGGUAGAUUGCAAAACAACCAGUGCGGCAUCUGCAUGAGGAUCUUCGCUAAAGAUUCCACAUUGGAGAAGCACAUGAAGAACCGCCAUGAGAAUUACGGAGUUCCAAGGGAGAAAAAACUGUUGUGCGACAUUUGUGGACAAGGGUUCUCGAGAAAUGACAAACUGAAGAUCCAUUACAGGAUACACACGGGUGUUAAGCCUUACGUGUGUUCCUAUUGUCCCAAAAGUUUCAUCAAGAAAGAGUACCUGGUCAUGCAUGAAAGAGUGCACAACGGGGAAAGGCCGUACUCUUGCGAAUAUUGUGGUAAAUGUUUCAAUCAGAGCGCGCCUCUGAGAAUCCACGUCAGAGGACAUACAGGAGAGAAGCCUUACAUCUGUCAGAUUUGCGAACAAGGUUUUAUUUCUAGAAGUUCUCUCAAUUUUCACAGGAAGAAUUAUUGUGCUGGUAGACAAGAGGACCUCAUGUGAAAGGCUGACCUCGACACACUUCAUCAUCACAAAAAUUAUUGAUUACAUACCUUGUAAUGGUCUGAAGGUUGGAGCCUUUCACCAAUUGUUUUAAAGCUAUCAAAAUGAGCAUCACUUUAUUCAACUCUAGUUGAAAUGACGGUGGAAUUAAGACCUUCAGUUCUAGUGAAACAGCAAUAUUGAUUGAAAGCCUUCGUGGAUAAUGCACUCGAUGCAAUCUCAUUUACAUUUUAGAUUUUCAUGGCUUAUGGUACAACCCCUCCACGAAAAAAUGUUUUACUUUUAACAAAUACGGACAAUUAUUUUUUUUUAUGUUAUCUUAAUUCACAUUUCACAUAUUUAAAUUAUUCGUACCUUCUAAUAUUUCAUAGAAAAAAUAUUCCGUCAUACUCCCCUGCUAUGUUUAUCGUAAUAAAUUAUGCAAUAAAGAAAGCUAGGAAUCGAAUAUUCUGCAGGACCUGCAAAAUUUCAUUUAUCAGUUGUACAUAUUUAAAUUGCAAAGCAAUGUAUUCAUAAAAUAUAUUUACUUUUAAAAAAUAUAGAUAAUUAGGUUAUUACUAUUAUUAUUGUUAUAUUAAUAUUCUAUAAGAAAUUCAUUUUGUUUAAGUUAUUGUUUGAUAUUAUAUACAUUAUAUUUGAUAAAGUCAUUACAUGAUGAUUUUAUAUGAAAAAUAAUGUUAAACUUCAAUUUUUCACCAUUAGUGAAAAUUAAUGUUUAAUCAUUAUCUUUGUUUAUAACUUACUUUAAUUAAUAGUUAAUAUAUCAUAUUUGUUGUAUGAGUUUGUGUAGAAAUAUAACUUUUAAUUAUAA